AUGACAAUUGAACCAGUAAAAGGAUCGCAAACAAACAUGCCAUUCGCUUACAUCGAAGAAUAUUCAGCUGUUAAAACAGAAAACGAAAUACUUUUUUCAAUGCACACCAUUUUUCGUGUACAAAAUAUUAAACAAACGACGAUGAACAACAGACCUUUCUGGGAAGUGCAAUUAACUCUUACUGAUGACAAUGACGAACAACUGGCGAAUCUUACUGCUACGAUGAACGCAGAAAUAAAUGGAAUAGGAUGGUAUCGAAUGGGACAAUUACUAAUCAAACUAGGUCAAUUUGACAAGGCUGAAGAAUUGUAUGAAAUACUAUUGAAGCAAGCAUCUGAUGAUAGUUAUAGAUGCGUUAUUUAUCAUCAACAUGGUCUGGUGAAAUACAAUCAAGGCCAAUACAAAGAAGCAGCUGAGUUUUACGAAAAAGCAAUUCAAAUCAAAGAACGAGAUUCUUUUGAAGAUGAUGUCGAUCUAAGUACAGGCUACAAUAACAUCGCUCUAGUGUAUAACAGGAUGGCUGACUACUCCAAAGCCCUUGAAUUUUACGAAAUAUCACUUCAAAUAAGAAAAGCAGCUCUACCUGCUAAUCAUCCUGAUUUGGCCAUUUCCUACAAUAACAUUGGACAAGUGUAUAAAAACAUGGGUGACUACUCGAAAGCACUUGAAUUUUACGAAAAAUCACAUAAAAUCUACGAAAAAUCUCUACCUUCGAAUCAUCCUCAUCUGGCGUCUUCCUACAAUAACAUUGGUGUAGUGUAUAACAAGAUGGGUGAUUAUUCAAAAGCACUUGAAUUUUACGAAAAAUAUCUUGAAAUCACAAAGAAAGCUCUGCCUGCGAAUCAUCCAUCACUAGCUGGGAGUCACUUGCGUUUCGCAACCUGUUACGAAAAGAUGGGUAAUUAUCCGGAGGCUCUAAGAGCUUUACAAAGUGCUCUUCAAAUUCAACAGAAAUCCUUUCAAGAAGAUUAUCCAAAGGCACUAGAUUAUUUCAACAGAUGUCUCGCAAUAGAUCUAAAAACUCUACCUGAGAGUCAUCCAUACUUUGGUAUAAGAUAUACCAAUAUAGGUGACGUUUAUGGAUUGAUGGGUGAUUAUGAAAAAGCCCUGUCGUUUCAUCAAAAAGCUCUAGCGAUUGAAGAAAAUGUUAAAUGUAAUCCUCUCGAUUGUGCCACGACAUAUAUAAAUUUAGAUGAAACUUAUCGUAAAGUGAAGGAGUAUUCAAGAGCGUUAACAUAUUUUGAAAAAGCAUUAGAAAUUCGUCAACAGAAACUACCAAAAAAUCAUCCUGAUUUAGCUGUACUAUAUUACAAUAUGGCAAAAUUAUAUUUGGCCACUCGAAAAUAUAGUUUGGCAAUGAAAAAUGUUCAACAAGCAUUAGAAAUUGCUGAAGAAAAAUUACCUUCAAAUCAUCCACAUUUUAUUGACUAUAAAGAAACAUUUGAAAAAAUCCGAAAGAAAUUGUAA